AAAGAGGACCCCGGCUCUCCCCGCUUGCACCCCCAGGUUUUCGUCUUUCCAAUCUUCCAGGGACGCCACAAGCGCGUAGAUAAGACCGGCGCAAUGUUUUGCCGACCGCCAUCAGGCGCGUUCCAUCUCAAACAUGCUGGCAAGGAGCUGAGCUGAAUAUCCCCUGAAAUCUUUGUAGCUGCGUCUGAAUGUCUCACACUUUAUUCACCAGCAAACAACUUGGCUCAGGGUACUUCAACGCUCCCGUCCACAACCUCACUGGGACUUUUCAGGUGUAUUUUUGGAGAAUGACAUAACACAGCACCCCUGGAUCCAGUCAGCAAGCCGCCCGUGUCUCCACCAUGACUACAAUCACCCUGGCCGCAACAGGCCAAACUGGUGCUCAUGGGACUCAACAAUGGGAUAACUCAACAGCCAUCAAAGCGCCGCGGGGAUCCUUUGGUCGCCAGGGACGAGAUGCCAGUUUUCCAACUUCUGGAACCAGCGGAGGAGAGAUACAUGUCGGGCUGAGCUUUGACCCGGCCAGGCCAGGUAUAAUUCAGGUCACUGGACAGGCACAUCGCAUGGGGGAGCGGUAUCAGGUUGGGGGCAAACAGUCUUUGCUGCUGGACUGUCGAGGUGGAGAUGGAGGGCACGGGGGAAUCGGUGAGAAUGGCCAGUCUGGGGGUGAUGGGUUUGACGGACGGGAUGCGACACAGACAAGCGAGGCUACCGAUGGAUCGCCGGGGAUGAACGGAGGAGAUGGCGGCCGUGGAACGAGUGGGGCGAAUGGCGGCGCAGGAGGCCAUGCUCAUGUCACGGUAAAUGAGGAAGAUCUUGACACCCUCAUCGGUGUUGAGUGGGACGUCAGAGGCGGCUAUGGUGGUUGCGUCGGUGAACAUGGCGCCGGGGGGGCCGGUGGCCAUGGCGGUGAUGGCGGUGCCGGUUGUACAUGGUCAGAGAGAUAUGUUGCAGCCGUACACACCAAUGCAAACGGUCAACACUACACAGAGUAUGCCACCAGGUAUCAUUCGAGACCUGCGGGGAGAGGAGGACCAGGAGGCAUGGCCGGAAGAACUCCAAAUGACUUGUUGUAUCCUGGUCAAGACGGUCCGAUGGGCUACUCUGAGGUCAUUGUCAACUACAAAGAUGGCAGGAGGGGAGUGUUCCAAUCACGCUACAUGCUCGAGGUUGUCGACUUCAAAGUGCAUGACGAGAACGGGGAUGGCAUCAACGAGCCCGGAGAACGGCUAAUCAUCAGCGACAUCGUCAUCAAGAACACAGGCCAAAUGCCGUCACCAAAGAUAUCUCGCCUGCAAAUCUUGGUCAGGGGCACAAAAUGGCUGGAGCCCAUCCUUGAGCCCUUGGAGAUUCCAGCUGAGAUUCCACCAGGACACAGUGUCAAGGUUCCGGGUGUGCUGAAGGCCUGGAUCAAGAACGAAACCGUCGACCGCAGCCCGGGCACACUUCUCCGCGCACAAGAUACCGUCUCACUCAGAGCCUACUCCCAGCGGUUGCAGAGAGAUGUUCCCGAGUUUAGCGGCGGUGUGGGCAUCGUCUGCCAAUACCCGCUGCUCAUGACCACGCCAAAGUAUCUGGACAGCGUAGCAAAGGGUGAUAUUGUCACCUUUUCCUGGACGAUACAAAAUAUCUCCACCAAGUCACAGGGUCGUAUUGGCACUCUACAGCGCGAGGCUGGGACACAUCUUUCCGAUCCUAACGGCAUGUUCGAGUUGAAGCGAGCUCCAAAGGACACGCCGCACGACAUUAUGGAUAUGAUCGAAGUAAUCGAGCCUGGCGAGGUUAUUCCAAUCACUGUUGACUUUCAAGUAUCGGAGCUGGUCAACGAAUUCACCGCAGGCAACAUGUUUGUCACUCUGAUUCUCUCAGAUCCCCACGGAAAACAGAUGCGGAACGUGGUGGCAUUUGACUUGCGCAUUCAGAUCUCACCUUCAUACCGCUACAACCCAGCAGCACGAUUCCUGCUUGUCAUCAACGGGUCUUCGCCCAAUGCCUUUGUGCUGCACUUGCUCCACUUCCUUCAACUCGGGCUUCACCUUCCUGUGGACAUCUUCAAUCUCAGUCUCAGCGGUGCAUACACGACAGCCGACACUCGUGACGACAUCUUGGCCAACUACAGCGGCAAGACCAUCAUCUUUCUGGGGAAUCCCAUGAACUAUUUCCAAGACGGACAACGACACCCCUGGGAACUGCUGGACAUUGAUCAAGCCUCUGAGCUCUCAAGGGCAGGAACCAGCUUUCUCAUCAUCUCGCCCGAGAACAUGCAGAGUCUAAAGGGGUUUAGUCAUCUGGUCUCCAGCGGCGUCUCGCCCUUUCAACCAGCUGAUGCUUUCACCCAAACCAGCAACAUCAAGGACUUGCUGACCAAGCUGAUCCCCAAGACAGCCCCGACUCCUGCACGUGUUGUCUUGCCGGUCAAGAAGAAGUUCAUGAAGAAGCUCGACAAGACCCUCGCCGCAACUGCCAAAACAGCCCAGCAGAAGCUAUCCGACACCUUUCCCCUUCGUCGCUUUCUCAUUGCGCCCUCCAGCCCAAUCAGCGACCCCAAAGCCAAGGAAACCGGCCUCAACAUCAUCGAAGGUCUUCCGCACUCCACCAAACUAGUCGCCACUCUCCAACCAUUCCGCCCCGACUCCCCUGUGAUUUCAGAGUACAACAUGGUCAUGCUCGCCCACUCCCUCCCCUUCUCUGACCAAUGCGCCAUCUUCUGGAACCUCACAGGAGUAGACACCACCUACGGAGUCCCCACCUCAACAAUCUACAAGGGCUCCUCCCUCUCCCAUCUCCGCGUCUACGGCGACGGCAGCACCGCCCAAAAGGUCAGCGGCAAAGCCCUCGAGUCCCUCACCUGGUCUCUCUCCACCCUCCUCGCCUCCGAGAUAACCCACUUCCGCUCCGGCUCAGGCACCUCAUCCCUCCCCCUUUUGUCCCAACUCCCCCUCCUCUCCACCUUCAUCACCUCCUUCCCCGGCAAGGGGUUCACACCCGCCGAAAUAACAGCCACCUUCACCCCGCUGACCCAACUCCUCGGCUUCCUCCGGGGCGUCACCUCCCCCCUGACCCUCGGCCAAAAGUUGGGCGCCAACCUCACCAGAGCCGGCAAGCGCCGCACCAAACUCCGCAGCGUCGUCCUCAACCAACUCUGCAGCCCCGUCGUCAAAGCCAUGCCCCCCUUGCCAAAAAAGACGACCGAUCCCGAGGGCGUCGUGACCAAGAACAAACCCCCCGGCGAGGAAGUCGCCGACGUGGAGAAAGAGACCAAGAAGCAGAUUCUGGAGGUGAAAAGGUCGAGCGCGAGGGGAGGGAGGGGGAUGAACAGGAUCCAGAGGGUGAAUAUGGUUUGCUCGCUUCUGCUCGAGGCCCUGACUGGGACGGAAGGGGUGGGGUUUGUGGAUGUGAUUAACGAUCCGGAGGGUGGGGGGGAGAGCGUGAGGGUGUUGGGUAGUUUUGCAGAGUAUGACCAGUUGCUUGCCAAGUUGGAGGAGAGGAGGGGGAGGUUGGAACGAGAUGUCGAGUAUAGCUUUGGGAGGUUGAGCGGGAUGGUUCAGAGGGGGGGGACGGUCAGGGCGGAACAGCAGCAGCAGCAACAGCCGCAGAUACAGAGGCGGGCGACAGAGCCGGGUGGAGGAGGCGGUGGUGAGGGGGAUGGGAUUAGCUUCGUGAGUAGGUCCAUGACUGUCAGUCCUGUCACGACGGUGGCGUCGCCAAUUGUGUUUGGAAGGGGGCCGGUCGAGGUGUUGCGUGGGGGUAUUGGGAAAGAGGCGAGUGUGGCGGAGAAGGUGGAGGAGGUUGUGUAUGCACAUGAGUUACCUCUUACGGUUCCUAUUCGUGGUGCUGAGUUGGCAGCGUGAAGGAUUUAAUAUACAUCGGUCUUUGGUUUAGGUACCGAGGUAGGUAGGUAAGGGGUGGUGCAAUAUAUCCUUCGUUUUACUUGAUCACAGCGCUUGUGAUAUCUAAUGACAAUGCACACAGAAAAGUAUAUCGAGUAGAGGUGAAGGGGGUGUGAGAUGGGAAAACAAUAUACAAUUGGUGUUGCCAAACAUAAGGUUUAAGCAGUAACAAAACUGGAAGCUCGGCCUCAUUCUCCAUACAUCUUCACCGUCCUCCUUUUCUCAGUCCCCCAUUCCGGGGGGCCAUAUAACUUCCAGAUGCGCUCCCAAUCAUACUUGUUCACCCGAU